GGAUUCGUGUAUGGCGGAGAAUAUGAGAUCCUUCCCGAUGCAAGCUUAGAUGACUAUUCAGCCCUGUGUGUCGUCUGCGAAGCACCGGGUUACUCUAUGGCCCUAAUGAUACCUGGUAGGGACGAAUGCUACCCAGGAUGGAGCGAAGCUUAUCAUGGUGAACUAGCCAGCGGACACGCUUAUCACGAUGGUCCUUCUGAAUAUAUUUGCCUAGAUAGUAAACCCGAGAAAGGAGACGAUAACAAUCAUGAUGGAAAGCUCCUGUAUACGGUACGUGCUAGAUGUGGAUCGCUGGCCUGUCCUCCAUAUGAAGAUGAUGCUUUGCUGACCUGCGUCGUCUGUUUAAAA